CAGUCAGUCAACUCGCUCUCUGCCAGUAAAGCCGAGUUUCUCUGACUUUCUCUCUCCAACAACCCCUUUCAUCCUCUUGGCUCACUCCUUCUGCUGUCGAUUACCAUUUCAAAAUGGGUUUAAGUAGGGCAGAUGGUCCAACUGAGAUUCACUACAAGUUCUAUAUUUAGUCAGUGAGCUGGUAAUUAUUGUUAAUGUUACAUGACGUAUACGACCCUUGUGGUUGGAUUGUGAUUUACGGGAACCAAAACCAAAAUGGAACUUGGAUCCUCUUUUACCCUGUUUGUGGUGAACUUUGCAAUCAUAACUUUAAAAUGUAAACGCAAUUAGAGAGAUGCCCACACAGUUGAACAAUCUCAUCGUCUGACGGAGAAUGGGGUAUUGAACGAUUCGCAAAUGGGGUAUCAGUCGUGCCCCGAAAUUGUGUAAAGCUAACGAAGGGUUACGUAAUAAAAGUCAACUUUUUUAGUUGGAGUUUUUUUAAGCUAACCAGGUUAGUUCUAGUGGUUCUAGUUAGGAAUAAGUGACCGGUGAAUCGUGUUGCGAGACGGCAGAAAAGUAGGAACGUGUGAAGUUGAGUUACCGUUUUUAGAGCCGGCCCAGCCAAGGUUGGUGGGUUUGCGAGGGAGUGCGAAGAAUGGGGAAAGCAGAGUAAGUAUCACCCAGACCACGACUACAUCAUUUCAUCCCCAACUUACUCUCACUCACCUGUGUGGAGCGUAGUCUAGUUGGCUUCAGGCAUCCAACACGAGGAACUUAUGCCAAUGAAACUAUUGAGACAUUUGUGUAACAUUUUCCCAAAUUGCUUACGCUCAGAAGACAGGGUUUAUAUUUAUUAUUGUGGUUUUUGUUGUGAAUGUGUUACAAAUUUGCUAUCGUGGCGGUGAGUCAAUUGUUGAGAUGCUGGGUCUGAAAACUGUGCUUAAUAUGCUAAAAACAUAAUGAAAUCCGACUUUCUCCUGCUCCUCUGCUGGAUCUCGGGAACAGUGCUUUCUCUGCCACAAGUUGUUCGAAUUGGUGGAAUAUUUCCUGAAGAAUUGAAAUCAACCCCUGUUGAAGUCGCUUUCAAGUAUGCCGUCUACUCCGUGAAUCGAGAGAGGAAACUGUUGGCGAACAAUACAACGCUUGUCUACCGCACACUUUACUACUCGAACAAUGAUAUCUUCCAGGCCACGAAAAUAGGAUGUCAGUUGAUAAGUGGAGGGAUUUCGGCCCUGUUCGCAAGUGGUCUGGACGUGUCAUUGGAAUCACAUCUCAAGUCGCUUGCCUUCUCCCUCGACCUCCCCCUCUUCCUCCCAACGUCCUCAUUCUAUGACCAAGACCCCCCCGGAGGUGCUGGUCCAGGUGGCCCCGUCUCACAGCACGACUUCCAGUUUAACGGAUUCCCUGUCAAACUCGCACCUUCACGCCCCAUCCUCGCCAUGGCUCUCAGGGAUGCGGUCCUCUUUCUUAAUUGGACGCGAGUCGCGUUGCUCUACGACGAGUCGGAAGAUUUGAUGUCUGCAGGUCUCUCCCAGGUGGAAUUUCUUAUUAAAAAGUUGGAUACGACGCAAAAGGGAGGUCUCAGCUCGAAACGUUCAGAACUAUUUUCACAAGAAGUAACCCCGAAAAGUUAUCGAGACGUACUCAAUGAAAUAAAGCGGCGUAAAAUAUUUAGUAUAAUUGCUGAUAUCAGACACUUGCCUCUAUUUUUCCGUAUUGUACUACAACUACAGAUGAACGAUGCUAGAUAUCACUACCACUUUACUACUUUGGACCUGGAGAUGUAUGACUUGGAGGACUUUGCCUACAACAGUGUGAACAUCACUUCCUUCAGACUGAUUGAGCACUCGGACCAGAAUCUCAAAGCGAUUGAGGAUAUGCAGAGAUUUAAUGCGAAAAGCUAUUCAAAAGUUUUGCAGACUGACGCAGCCCUUAUGUACGAUGGUGUGCUAUCCUUCUGCCAUGGACUCAAGUCAUUUGAUGCCAGCCAUGAAAUCCGACCAGCUAAUGUGUCCUGUGAACGGGAACAAUCGUGGCCUGAUGGGCUGUCACUCCUCAACUAUAUUAACAGUGUCUCUUUUGACGGGUUGACAGGGAAGGCUCAACUCCGAGAAGGGAAUCGACACGACCCCACCCUCACAUUUCUUAAGUUGAAGAACCGCUCCCUCCAACCCGUUGGGGAGUGGUCACUCUCCAAACGACUCACAGUUCAUGACUUUGAUGCUUUCAGCAAUCGUGAUACUAUUAAUGUUACCCUUAGGGUUACUACUGUACUUGAAAAGCCAUACGUAAUGUUAAAACCGGACACAAAUUUGACUGGGAACGCCCGUUAUGAAGGAUUCUGUAUUGAUUUGCUCAAGGACGUUGCCCACUUGGUUGGAUUUCAGUAUACGAUAUCCAUCGUGAAAGAUGGCAAGUAUGGAGUUGAGGAUCCCGACUCGAAACAAUGGAACGGGAUUGUGAGAGAGUUGUUGGACGGGAAAUCAGACUUGGCAGUGGGGUCCAUGACCAUCAACUCAGCACGGGAAAAAGUCAUUGAUUUCACUAAACCCUUUAGAAACUUGGGUAUCUCCAUUUUGUUCAAGCUCCCAAAAAAACCACCCGCACGUCUCUUCAGCUUUCUCAAUCCGCUCUCGGCAGAAAUCUGGGCGUGGGUUGCAGGUGCCUACGUUCUCGUCUGUUUUUGCCUCUUUGUCGUCGCACGGUUCACGCCGAACGAGUGGUUGGCCCCACCACCGUGCGCGGGGGACGAAGGGAUUCUGGAAAACCAAUUUUCCUUCCCCAACUCUGUGUGGUUUAUCACCGGCACGUUCCUCCGACAAGGAUCGGGCCUUAACCCCAAGGCUACGUCGACGAGGUUGGUGGGAGGGAUCUGGUGGUUUUUUACGCUUAUUAUAGUGUCAUCCUAUACUGCCAAUCUCGCCGCUUUCCUCACCGUGGACAGGAAGAGCACACCGAUUGAGAGUGCAUCUGAUCUCGCUCACCAGACCGACAUUUCGUACGGGACUCUGGAUAGUGGAUCCACAAUGGAUUUCUUCCGGAACUCUACCAUCACGACUUACAAAACGAUGUGGACGUAUAUGGAGAGCCACUCAAAUGUCUUUGUUCAAACUUAUGAGCAGGGAAUAACGAGAGUUUUGCAGGGGAAUUAUGCCUUUUUAAUUGAGUCGCCCAUGCUGGACUAUGCCGUGCAGAGGGAUUGCAAUCUUACGCAGAUUGGGUCGACGCUGGACUCGAAGGGCUACGGAAUCGGCAUGCCGAAGGGGUCACCGUGGCGAGAUAAGUUAUCUCUCGCUAUCCUCGAACUCCAGGAGAAAGGCAUGAUCCAACUGAUGUACAAUAAGUGGUGGAAAAACACUGGGGACGUUUGCAACCGGGAUGACAAAAAGGACUCUAAAGCAUCUCCCCUGGGCAUUGAUAACAUCGGCGGUGUCUUUGUCGUUCUCUUUGCCGGCCUUAUUCUCGCCGUUGUCGUUGCAAUUUGCGAGUUUUGUUGUCAUGUGCGGAGAAAUGCAAAGUUGAAGAAGGCCCCCCUGUGUUCCGAAAUGAAGGGAGAACUCACCCUGGCGCUGCGCUGUUGUCACUCUUCUCGUGACGAGUCCGCGGCUGACGAAGCGAUGCACCACCAUUCGAAAACGUCCCCGUCAUCGACAUACGUUCCCGUGAUGCCGGAAUCGAUAGGGUCGGGUUCUCAACAUCUCGUAACUCAACACCAUCGCGAGCAGCAACAGCCGCAACAACAGCCACCAAUUCCAAUGUUCGAAAUGCGUAAAUCAUCCUUCGAAUUUGACUCGUAAUGUUAGGAACGAUUAAUUAGUUGAGAAGAAGUUAUUUAGAAUUAUAAAAACUUUGAGGGGGUGAUUAUAUUCCGUAUUAAAUAUUGUUGCACAAGAAUAUUACGUGCGUAAUAACGAUUAUUAGAAAUUUACCAACCAUCAUGAUGCAAGUCUGUCACCACAACUAACAAUAAGUGAGCAAGAGUUUGGACAUUUCCCUUUGAGCCGUCAAAACAGCCUUGUUCUAAAUCCCAACAGUUUAAUGAGGAAAUUACACAAUAGGUUUGGCUUAUUGUUGAUGAAGCACAAUUACUGCCUCUAUACACAUUAUUUGAUGUCCGAGAGUGGAGUCCUCCUUCUUUGUCCGGGAGUCGAAUGCAUGUAUUCUAAUCACAGACAACAACCAGCCAACCAAGCAUGAUUCGUUAGCAGGAUGGUGAUGAUGAAAUUAUAAAUUGAGUAAGCAACACCACCAUCCGCCCACCCACCAGUUCAGUUAUUCCUAUUAUUACUAAUGAAUGAAGAAACACUGUAAUAAUUAGUGAAGAUAUCCGUCAGCACUAAUAAAUCCCUAUUAUUAGUGGGCACAUUGCUCCAUGCAAUGCGACUGUUGGAGUUGGAGGAAGAAAACCAGAUGGAUUUUUAUUUUUCUGAAACACAUUAAAGAUAAGCAAUCUCGAAUCUUCCAUGGAGGUGAAAAUUAUAGGUUUGAAGAUUAAAGUACGUAUUUGGGUAUCCAAAAUUGUGGGAGGAGAAGCACACACGUCUCUCAUUUGCUGUGAGACUCGUCUUAUCAUGAGCAAUGUAUUCUAUAUUGAUGUUAAACUAAUGGUAAUUUAAUAUAUUAAGAUGUCUACUCUGGGAGACAAAUUUGUUAACAUUUAUAACCGAGUGGGAGAGAGAGAAAGGUGAUUUUUAAUGCUUACUAAUUACUAACAUUGAGAAAUGGCACGCAGGUCAACGAGGAUGGAGAUGAGAAGAGGAAAUGUAUACAUUGUACUUUGUGGUACUACAAGAAAUUAUAGUGGUGCUUUUCUACUCUCUGUAAUUAAGUUUAAACUAGAAUUAAAUAAUUAUCUAGUAGUUCGUCGUACUCGUACUAUUAAUUACACACCAAAAAUAUCAUCGGCUCGAUCUACUUCCACUUUACCCGAAGAAGAGGAGUGUAUUUAGUCCAUCCUUUUUCAAUCAGGGAGAAAAUAUUACUAGUACUGAUUACUAUUAUUAUUAUUAUUAUGUAAAAGUAUGUCAAAAUAUUGUAUAGCGAAUUUUAAAAAUAAAUGCUGGCACAUUGAAA